AUGCACAGCUUUGGCUCAUCCACCCUGUCGCUGCCGUCCGCCGCCGCUUCGGCGCGGGCCGAAAAGAAGUCGAAGCGCAACGUGCUACGUCGUCUCUCGCUCGGCAAGGCCCGUUUUUCGAGCGACUUGCCGAGCAGCUCCACAGCCAGUCUUGCCUCUCGAUCCACCGUUACGCUCGCGGUCGACCCCGACGAGGAAGGUCCGAGCCGCCGCGCUUUUGACCUCUUCUCGACGCCGCUGCCACGUGAAGCAAGGGACACACGCUCAGCGCCCUCAACCCCGCGCGCGUCCAAAGCUCCCGCCUUUGGAUCGCCCGGCCCUAGCUCCAAGGUCUCCUUCGACGAGAGGUCGAUUCGUAGCGCUCCGCGUCCACGACAGUCGCUUGGAAGAAACUCAACCAAUUCGCGCUUCGGCGGAAGUUCCGCCCCGCCAGUGCCUGAACUGCCCAAGCUCGUCGUGGUUUCGGACGAGGUGUUCGUCAUCGCCGCACUACCCCGGACUAAGAAUCUCCCCGAGUUGCCCGCUUCCCCACCGUUGCUCAGCUCCUCUUCUGGAUCAUGCCGCUCCACGGCAAGCUGGUUGAACAACCUACCGACUCCCUCCAUCUCCGAGGAGGCGCCAGCGCUGCCGGAGCGAUUGGAAUCACCUCCCGCUCCAGACACCCUGGCCGCUACUAAGCGCUCGAGUCUCGACGAGAUCGAUGCACAGAUGAUCACCAACCUGUGCGAGAUGUCCGUGCCUCCGCUCGAGGCUGUCAGCAUGGCAAGGUGCAAGAGCUCCCAGGGUAGCUACCGUGCGCCGAGGAUGCACGCGAGGAGCGCGAGUCAGCGUACAGCCCCGCAGGCGUCCGCCGAGACGCAGCAACGCGUCCGCUCGCAUUCUCGCACUGGCUCCGUGCCUCGGUCACUCGGACCCCUCCCACCUCAACCUGCUCAACCGCCCACCGAAGAAGUUCUCCGCAAGACUGACCAGAUCAAGAAGCGCUACAGCCGCCAGAGCACGCUCUCGCCUACGCCAUCGCCCGUCCUGAGCGACUCGGCAUUCUCCUCUCCGCGUUCCGCGCCUGCCACGCCCAAGCUUGAUACCGUCGCUGCCUUGAAGAGCCUCGAAGCAGGACUGUCGCUCGACUCGAAGCUGGCACGUCGCAAUCACAAGCGCUCCUCGUCUCGCACGGGAGGCGCCACCUGGGAUGCCGCUUUCAAGAGCUCCACCGCCGUCAAGCUCACAGCCGGCCACUCUGCGGCUCGUGACGAGGCGACGACGGAGCUGGUCUCUCGCUUCUCAGAGGACUCGGACUCGGGCGAUUCCAGCCGGUUGCGCGCUCUCUUGUCGCCCGUGCUCGACAGCGUAGCCAAGAUGCCGCCGUUGUUCGGAAUCUCGACCCCCUCGAUGGAUACGCACAGCUCGUUUGGAACGAGGUCGAACGUGGUGCUGGGCAACAAGUCGCCGGAGCUGCCCUCUCUGUGCAUUUCCAGCUCCAGCUCCAGCUCCGGCUCGGAUCACGACCACGCCGAUCUUACGCCUGUCGUCAGCAUUGAAGAGGACGACACCAUCUUUGAUUUGUCGCGCCCGAGCAUGGACUACAACGCCGUCUACGCCCUUGCUCAGCAGUACGCCAAGACCUCCGCUCCCCAGCCGGUUCAGUUGCACGACAUGGCUCGAUCCAACAGCGGCAGAGUGCAGGCGCAGACCAAGCAAGCACGUCCCAUCUACCUCAACACGCUCUGGUCCAAGGCCAGCAGAAACCUGCAAGACCCAGUCGACAGGUCAUACCGCCUCCGAAAGUAA